AAUGAGGUCGUAAAGAACCAACGAUUCUUGAUCCAGAGUUCGACCCUCAAACGUCUUGAAUGAAACGUAAACCAGCGCCAGUAAAAAGAAAUUAGCAACACAAUCAUACGUCACAUUCAUGAGCAACCGUGCGGGCUCCUUAACAUAAACAAGGCGCGUCCUCAACUGUACUUUCCAAUAUUUGUGACAUUCGCACAGCACGCUACAGGUACCCCCGCCGGCUCCUGCGCUCAGUCCACCAGUACGCUCGCAAGGAUGGCGAGGUUCCUAACACUGACCGUUGUUGCACUCGUAUUUAUUUCUGAUAUAACGUGCCAAAGAAAGCCGAUAAAGGAAGCGUUAUUUUUGAACAGUGAUAAUUUCGCCAACUCUACGUUAGAAGAUUGCGUGUGGAAACGAGAUCGGGAGCCGUGUCCAGAUCCCAAUGUUACCCUGAAUCUGUACACGGAAGCAGAGCCUUAUAAGAAAACUGUUGAUCUUUACAGUAGCGACUGGUUAAGACAAAGCGGCUGGGAGCCCUCACACGAAACCAUUUUGCUAGUUCAUGGAUACGCGGGAGGAGACGAUACUCUUCCUAUAGUUGUUCUGAGAGAUGCGUACCUCCGUCGCGGCGGCUACAACGUCUUCAUGCUGGACUGGGGCAAGCUCUGCCAGCCGCCUUGCUACGUGGCCGCCGUCCACAACCUGCGACCGGUCGCGCGAUGCGUCGCAGAGGCGCUCGGGUCGCUGCGACGCGCGGGAUUGCGACCAGACAAACUGACGUGUGUUGGACACUCGCUAGGCGCACAUUUGUGUGGCAUCAUGUCCAAUUAUAUCAACUUUAGGAUGAAUAGGAUUAUUGGUCUGGACCCAGCCCGUCCCCUCAUCAGAUCGGCUCCAGCACUACGCCUGGACCCUGGAGACGCGAAAGCUGUUCACGUGCUCCAUACUAAUGCUGGACGCUAUGGAGAAGGGGCCAGGUUGGGGCACGCAGACUUCUGCCUCAAUGGGGGCAGGAGUCAGCCGUAUUGUGAGGAUACGCCUAACGAAGCGCUAUGCAGCCACGUGUGGUCGAUCUGCUACCAGGCGGAGAGUCUGUUCCGCGCGCGCGAGGCGGCGCCGUGCGGCCGGCGCUGCUCCGUGCGCGUGCCGCCCGCGCGCGCCUCCGCGCUGCCUGUGCUGCUGGGCCAGCCCGCGCCUAUGACGGCAUCCGGCGCAUACUGUCUCGAAGACUUCUCCACGCCUUUCUGUCCCGCUACAACGGGGCUAAAGGAAGGCGACGAUAGAUGCUGUCUCGACAAACAGUAUGCAGCUGCUGCGACUACCACGCAACCACCGAGAACCCGACCAAGACCGAUAGUACGACUACGAUCUAGACGGGUUAAGAACAUCGCCACCAAUCAUACUUGGGAGGAUAAUAAUUAUGAGCCUAUUGAAGAAUGAAAGAUUAUUUGAUAUUGCAACUGUGGGUUCUUUGUGUCAAUUUUCUACAUUGAAUGCAUCCGUACCUACUAAACUCUGUUAUUAUUUUCUUGUCUUUGUUGAUUUUAUCAAUUUCAAGUUUUCAUACUCUUUAGUUGUAUAUAAAAGUUAAUAUGGAAUAGUUAUUUAUAAGAGAUGAUUCUUACAUUAUUUUCUUUGGUGUAAGCUAAGUAUGCUCUGACUGACUUUUUUGUUUUAGAAGAAGAUUUAGUACAAUAUUUGUCUAUAUUAUAUUGUAGCCAAAGAAUUUAUUUUAGAAUUAAAAAUAAAUUAUUACUUAAGUA